CGAACCGCCAAACAGAUACCAGAAGGCCAGAACCCCGCCCAAGAUAACACAAUACUUAAUGAGCGGGAAACAAUCCCUGUCCUUUUUGUCUUCAUCCAACUAUUGUAGAAUGAUGAACCCAGCAAGUCUAUUUCUUUUCAAUAUCCCCAGAAAAGUGCCAAUUACGCCUGUUGAGGUGGUCGUCAAUGGUUGAGAUCGCUAUCGCAGCUCUUACUUACUCAACUAUCUGUUCGAUGAUCUCCUCACUGCUUUAUACCAGAGUCGAAAAUUCGCACUAGAUAGAUUGACAGCCAAUAACUAAAGCGCGACGAAUAAUAUUUCCCUCGAUCCCUCCUCAUGAGAGGGUCUCUCUCCUCGCAAAAGAUGAGCAGAAACACGAAAAUCCCUUGUCAACUAUGACAUCAAAGGCAUUAGCAACUCGACGUACACGAGAUGGAUGCUGGACAUGCAGAAAGAGGAAGAAGAAAUGCGAUGGGAGAGUCCCAGCCUGCCACAACUGCGAUAGGCUCGGUCUCUCAUGUGCUGGAUACACAGCCGAGAUCGUCUGGGAAGAUGAUCGACGACGCAUAGGUAUGAAGAGACGGGGUCCGAAAGGGAAUAAUGAACAAGUUGGUUCUCAACAUAGUGCUCUUCCGAUAACACAUUUGCGGACGUCUCAGGGGUUUGAAGCUCAGGGUAGAGGUCAAUCUGGGAACGGUCCUGGCUCAAUCAGCGAGAUUCCUCACGAUGAUAUCGACUCUAUAUUCGACGAGACACCAUUGAAUCAAAUCACUUUCCCUCUUCAUGAAUCCCUUCGAAUCAAUCCUCGACAUCUCAACCCAAAACAAGCACUUCUUUUCGACCGAUACAUAAACCGCUUCUCCAGAAUCUACCCCAGCUGCCAAACACCAUCCAAUCCAUUCCUUUCCAUCCUUCUUCCAAUGGCCUUCGCUAGCGAAACUAUCUUGACAGCUCUACUUGCCCUCAGUGGUGCCCAAACAUGGGGCGAUGAAUGGGACCAUCUCCAACAAGAAACACUCCGCGCAAAACAACGUACGAUCGAAAUCUGCCGAAAGACAUUAAGCAACAUCCACAAUGGAAUCUCCAGCCCGCAAGCUCUCAACCCCACAGCAAGUGCAGACUUACUAUGUCUAGUGACAUGCGUCACAAUCAUGCUGAUCUAUGAAAAGCUCUCCGGGGAAGAUCACCAGAACUGGAAGCCGCAUCUUGACUUUAUCAGUCACAUAUUCAAUAACGCAGAUAGGAUAUUUCCUCCCCAGUGCCGGAGCAGUGAGCAUUAUCGGUUCCUACUUCAUAUGUUUGCGUAUAAUGACCUUGUGGCUUCGACGUCGCUGCGGAUGAGGACAUUAUCGUGGUUUUAUAUCGAUAUGACUAACACUUCAGCAUCGACGGCAACACUAUCAAAUGAUGAAAUGUAUAGCGAUCAAUAUUACUAUCCAAGUCUAAUCGCACGGAUCAACAUCGGUGACCAAUCAGUCACAUUAUCCCAUAUCAGCAACUGGGACGGGAACCUGAACUGGUUUCCUAGUCAUUGUCUAGAGAAAUCUAGCGGAAUAUCGCCAGGAAUGGAGUCUUCGAAAUCCUCAGAUUACGAUAUCGCUGCAGAGAUUUACCGAGCGGCCGCCAUCAUCCACUAUGGCCACAUGAUCGGCUUUGAGAAUGAGCGAUUCCCAGAUUCCAUACAAGAAGAUAACGAUCCUUUCCACUAUCACCGUCACGCGAUCCGGCUGCUGAAUCUCCUACCGGCUCAUUCUCCAGUGGGAAAUAUCCUUCUCUGGCCGAUCAGUAUUAUUGCGCCGGACCUGAUGAGCAAGCACGUGCUGGAGCGAGAGUCGGCGGUUAGAGUACUGUAUGGGCUGGAAAAGCAUUUCCAGAUGCGACAUUUUCGUCGGGCGCGAGAGACUCUCCAAGAGAUCUGGCGUGCGAAGGACUGUGGGUUGAAUUCAAUGGCUAUCAUGCAGAGUUCAAUAUUGCAAGGUUAAGAGUCCAUGGUAAAAGUGGUUAGUCUGCUGCAUAUGUCUAAAUGAACUACUCUGUUUCAGUCUUACUUUGAGAAGUGCUCGGAAGAAGUUUGAAAGGGAA